AUGCAAGGGGCUUCAUCCAACCUCGCUGAGCGCCUAGAUCCCCUAGGCCCCUUUGGGAUGUUCGAACUCCCCUCGAGUGUUGUCUCUCCCGCGGCAAACCUAGACCCAGUACCCGUAGAUACGUAUACUCCGGGGGAGAUGAUCGAUGUGCUGAAAAAGUAUCCUAGCGCGCUUCUUCAGCACGGUUUCUGCUCUCCCUUCCUGCACCAUAGUCUGUACGAGGAAAAUGUGGCGGACAUGGCGACGCUUGCAAAGAGUGCCAUGGCGGUCUGUUUUGGGAGCGCGUUGGAGACUGCGGACGGCGCACGCUUUGCGCGGCAAGCCAUGACCCUCGAACGGCAAAGGAUAAUCGAGGCCUUUCCCGCGUCCGAGUGCAUGCAGCAAUGGGACUUGUUACAUGCGAUGCUGCUGUAUGAGGUCCUCGGGAUAAGAAUAGCUUCGGAAUCCGUCAAGGCCCCGUGGAAGCUCACUUCCUACAGCAAAAGCAUGCAGGCUCCUUUCCUGGUCAAGAUGGCUCGGGGUUUUAUCCAUUCGCAUCUUCACGCUCCCGGGUCUACCCUGAUGGCGGCACCUGGCUUGGAGACGCAAGACCUGGCGGGUUGGAGCGUCGCGGAGACGGCACGGCGCACCAUAUUUCUCGCGAACGCCAUCCAUUUCCUCAGUAGUAUCGACCCGAACACAGGUCACACAUCUCCGUACUAUGAGCCGCUGAAUGAUGAACUCGUCCUUAAUUUGCCGCUACCUUGUAGCCAUGCCUUAUGGAGCGCUCGCACGGAGCAAGAAUGGCAGGGUACGGAAGAAUACAGUCAAUGCCAGGGAAAUGAUCUGCAGGCGCCAGAAGACUUUGCUACUGCUUUCUAUGUGAGACCGGGCGGCCAGACAUUGAACGGACUGCUCACCCGGUUUCCAAAGCAAUAUCUCGACACGUUUCUUCUUGGUCCGGGGUUCAAUGGAUCAGAUGAGUUAAGAAGCUUUGUUAUCAGAUGCGCUCUGUACCAAUUCCAUCACAAGUGA